AUGAAGACCAACUUUCUCGUUCUCCUCUCCGCCCUUCUCGCAGCUUCUUCAGCCGUGACCGCCACGCUGAUCCCUGCCAAGUGCAAACACGAGGCGUUCUCGCAGAGAGCUGGCUCGUCGCUCAACGCAGCCAUCAAGUCGGAUGGUCGCAAGUACUUUGGUACUUGCGCCGACCCGGGCACGUUGGGCAAUUGGCAGAUCAGCAACAUCAUCAAGGCUGAGAUGGGUCAGGUGACCCCGGAAAAUUCGAUGAAGUGGGAUGCCACUCAACCGCAGCGCGGCACGUUUAACUUUGGCAAUGCCGAUCGGCUCGUAGACUUUGCCACCUCAAAUGGAAAGCUGAUCCGAGGUCAUACGCUCGUCUGGCACUCGCAGCUUCCUUCAUGGGUCUCGUCCAUUACUGACGCCAAUGACCUUACCAACGUAAUUCAGAACCGAAUCGCCACCGUUGUGGGAAGAUACAAGGGCAAGGUCUACGCCUGGGAUGUAGUGAACGAGAUGUUCAACGAGAACGGUUCAUUCCGCGAGAGCGUUUUCUACAAGCUCCUCGGCGAGGACUUUGUCAAGAUCGCCUUCGAAGCGGCCAGGAAGGCGGACCCGAACGCCAAACUCUACAUCAACGACUACAAUCUCGACGAUCCCGAUUAUCCGAAGCUCAAGUCGCUCGUUGCUAACGUCAAAAAGUGGCGGUCGCAGGGUGUCCCGAUCGACGGGAUCGGCUCUCAAUCGCAUCUGCAGGCGGCUGGUCAUUUCCUCGACGCCUCAAAGGUUGGCGGUGCCAUGCAGGCGCUUUGUGCUGCUGCGUCGGAGUGCGCCAUGACCGAGCUAGACAUUGCUCAAGCCAGCCCUGACCAGUAUACCAAGGCUACCGAGGCCUGCCUCAACCAGAAGAACUGCGUUGGCAUCACCGUUUGGGGUGUUUCUGACAACACUUCAUGGAGGAAAAACGCCAACCCUUUGCUUUGGAACAGCAGCUACCAGAAGAAGCCUGCUUACAACGCCGUGCUUAGCACUCUCAACUCGUACCAAGCUUGA